AUGAGAAAAGGCUGCGAAGAAGAGAUGAAGAACAAGAACUACAAGGCUGUGGAUUUGAAGGAGAAGAGAUCAAUGAAGGAGGAAGAAGCGGCGGCGGGAUCGUCGCGGGAAAAAGAAGAGGGGAAGAAGCAGACGCUGGAGAGGACGACGACGGAAGACAUAAAUGCGAGUGCUGAAGCUUUCAUCAACAAUUUUAGGAAACAACUCAUGAUCCAGAGACUUCAGUCCAUUGAGAAUUAUGAGCAGAUGCUUGCUAGAGGCCUCUAGCUUUUGUUGCAUACUUGGAUUUGAAUUUGGUAAGAGACGAAGACGAUAUGAGCUCUAAAUGUAUGAGAUAACUGAGGAGUUUAUUUGGAUUCUAAAUAUAAUAUUCCAACCUCUUUCAAAUUUAUAAUUUGUUCUUCAAAUUAUUCCAAUUAGUUGCACU